AUCUCAUUUUCCACCUUUCCACCAUCUGCCAUGGAAUAAAAAUUGCUGAUUCCUUCAAGAAUAAUUUUUAUAGUUUAAUUAAAUUUUUUUAUAUAUUGUUUUAAUUGAACAAAAUUAUCACGUUUAACUAUUAUUUAUAGCAAUUAUGGAUAAAACACAGGAGCCAGCGAAAAAGUGUUUCUGUGCGAGAUGCUUCCUUCCCGUCGAACCCGAAGAUAGAGUUGAUAUUGAAGGCCACAGCUUCCACAGGCUAUGCAGCAUGUGUUGUGUCUGCCGGACUAUUCCCCCGUCUCUGAAGAUGUUCUAUGGGCACGUGUUCUGCAACGAAUGUUUCAAGACCCACGUACUGUCGCGGUUCAGGGGGGAGAGUCCGCGCAUACACUCCAAUAGCUGGUGGAUGCAGUGGGCGCCCGGUAGCAAACCGCAAGAGGCUGCUGCUGAUGAGAAAAAUAAUAAUACAGAAACGAAACCAGAGAACCAACCUGCGGCAGAGGAGCCAACCAAGAAAUGCAUUUGCGCGCGCUGCCUGCAAUGCGUGGACGAAUGCAACAAAGUUGAUGUCGGCGGCCAGAGCUUCCACCCUCAAUGCGCGAAGUGCUAUUUCUGCCACACGAUUCCAGCGGACAACAUCAAGAUCUAUUACGGGCAAGUCUUUUGCGAGGAUUGCUUCAACAAGCACGUGCUGAAUCGCAAUAAGGACAGCCAGCCAGCGGAGUUCUUCAAGAAUUGCUUUGACCAAUGGCAGAAUAAUGUUCAGUUUGCUGAGAAUAUGAGGGAGUUUUUGGCGGGGAACAAGGAUAACUCGCCGUUUAUCUUCAUGGUGCAGGGCCAACAGCCGCCCUUCUGCCGAUGCGGCUCUGGCCCGCAGGAAUGGUUUCAGAAUAACGAGCCCAAGAAAUGCGUGCAAGACAGCACAGUGCAUCCCUUAACCGAAGACGAACGCGACAAUAGAGUACAAACUGCUACACCAGCCGUUUCUAUUGCGGGCGAAUCGUUUGACACCUGGGACUUUUCGUUCGAGAACCGGACAGAAGUUUCAGAUAUCCCCGAAUCCUGCAAUGCAAUUGACGAAUCAGCAAAUGUGGAAAAUUGUAAUGUGUAUGCAGCAGAAAAAAUUGAAAAGCUAACAAAAUAUCUACAUGAGAGAGGUCAAAGCGAACCUGAAAAACGCAUGAAAAAAUGGAAAAACUUCAAUGAUAAUGAUAAAUUAUCGAAGGGCUUGUGCUAUGAGCCUUCGUACCGUGGAUGGGUUGAUCUACAAGAUUCGAAAUUUAGUAGGUCGGAAUUGGAUUGUCCUAAGUGUUUGUGGCAGUGUGGUCCUAUAUAUGUAAACAGUGAAUAUUUGAAAAAGUGUUGCGGAGAGAUUUAUGAAUAAAAAUGUGGUGUCAAUUUUUA